AUGGUGAGAAAGUUUGGGGGAUUAGUGCGACGAGAGCUAUGGACCAAAGAGGACCCCGACCGUCAGGUCGACUGGAAUGAUGCCCGAGUCUGGGAGAAGAUCAAUAGCGAGGGAUUCUACCAUCGGGCCGACGAGAUGCUCGUCAGUUGUGGAACCGUCACAGUCGAUCAGGCAGACUCGCUACGCCCAAAGGUGUUGAUUGUCUUCAACAAGAAUAUUGGCAUAUACCAAUUACCUAAAGGACGUAAAAACAUUGACGAGGGAUACCUGGCCGCGGCGCUGCGCGAGACAGCGGAAGAGGCCGGAGUUGCCGUCCAACCCCUGAAGCUCAGAUUCGGGUCCAGAUCCACGCCACCAAAACCUGUCCAGGUCCAGAAUCAGGCUAGAGAAACCAGGUACGGCAUCGAGGAUAAACUCACAGGUAUCACAGAGGGGUACAGUAACGAGAGUAUUGGUUUUGGCUUAGCUGACAAUGCUUCUGACAAUCCGGAUCCUGCUACUGGUGCCUGGAGACACAUCUACUGGUUUGCAGCCCAGCCCCUGGGAGAUAUCAGACGCGACGAAACUCGAAUGACGGAAGAAGAAGAUCGGAAGAAAUUCUCAACUUUCUGGUUCUCUGAAAAGGAAGCGCUGACUCGACUCAAGCUCGAAGAUGAAAAAUUUAGUAAGUGA